GUAGACGUGACACCAGUUACUGCUUCUGACCAGAUCGGGCAAACAGUGAAGAACUUCAGUUAUUGUGCAAGAUGAGAGGUUCACUGUUACUGCUUAGCGCUCUGUUACUGCUGGAGUCCACAGACGGAAACAAAGAAUAUCAACUAGGCCAACCUGAGACAAACAUCAUUAUUGACAAGGCAAUAAAAGAAGCCAAUGAGAGACAUGGAAAAGCCAAACACCUUGAUUUUGUCUCCAUUUUAAGUUCUGAUUAUGACAAGCGCAUGCUUAAUGUGUUAUUAAAACCCACCACAUGUGACAAGACAAUACCGUUUGUCCAUCGGAAAGACUGUAAAAUCCAAAAUAAGGCUACACCUCAAGUUUCUUGUGUUGAAUGUCGUGGAGAGAUGUCCUGUUUACUUCUCAGAGAACAAGAAAAGGUACAUCACAUAUUAGUCACAUAUUGGGGACAAAGACCUCAUUUAUUCACCAUCAUGAUCCAGACUUUUUGUUGUCAAGAUUUUCCUGCACUAAAAGGUUUUAACUGUUCUCAUUGCAGAUUAAACAAACUGUAUCCGAAUGUUUGAAUCUCCCAUCAGUUAAUGAUCAACAUACUGGGGCAGCACAUCCACUGUUCAGAAAAGGAGAAGAUGAGCAACAAUCAGGAUGUCUGGGAUGCAUCUGAGAAAUAAAAAUGAUCAAGGAUCUUUGCAGCUGGACAUAUGAAUGAAAAAAAAAAAAACUACUAAUGAAAUGUACCCUAUAAAAUUGACCUCUCAGGCCAAGUUUCUUUAUCUAGAAUUUAAUUAUAAAGAUUAAUGUGUAUUUUUGCUCAACUAAAGCAGUCUUCUCAAUAUGUUUCAAUUUAAUGAUGUAAUUUUUAGAGAAAUAUAGCCUUCAUCAGUAUGUCCUAGUCUUGAAUAACAUACAAGUCAAAUUAAUAAUUGUUUCAAAAAGUUUCAAAAUGUCUAAAUAUUCUUCAUAGAAAACAUUAUAAAAUUGUCCCCAAAGUUUUCAUGAAUACAAUUUUGAUCUUUAGACAAUUUAUUGGCACUGAAUUUGAGAGGUCCAAGAUAAUCUUGAAGAGAUCUGUAAACGGAUGUCCUGCAGUGAGACGCUGGUAUUUACUUGUUUCGUUUGUUUUCAUUAGUGUUUUAAAUUUACGUAUAUCAAUACAAAUUACAUUAAGGGACCUGAAGGUCAAAUGCUAACUGUUGGCUUUUUGUUAAGGAUUUUUUAAUUAAUCAUAACUAACAUUCCUUUUUCAUUCAGGAUUAACAUUUAUAUGCUUUUGAAAACUAAAUGUCCCCAACACUGGGGCCAAAAUGUGCCUAUAACAAAAGGGGAAACUAACUAAACAGCUUUCUAAAUAUAUAACCUCAUGACUUGAGUAACAAGCUGAAGUAAUCAAGAAAUCCAGAUUUGCUUUUACCUAGUAACAGAGAAUUAUACAUAUGGAAAAACCAAUCAUAUUGUAAAAAAAUGAAGUAAAGAAUCAUGUCACCUUUUGUCAUGCUCCUAUUCUAUAAAAACUGUUGUACACUUUUUGUCAAGCAAAAUUCUCUUAAAUUGGUCCGUGAUCCUCUUGGCCAUGAAUAAACCAUAUCCGAAGGCA